AUGCCAGCGGACCAUGCAGCGCAUCGUGAAUGGUUGGGCAACGUGAUUGAACAAGUUGACAAGAAGCAGUCAGACCUGCAUCCGGUUCUUCAAGAGUUCAAAAAUCUUAUCGAGACCGAUACACGGGUUUACAUGCUUCUAGAAGGGAUGUUCCGGGAAGUACCCCACAAGAAACCAUACAGACAGGAUCCGACUGGCGGCCCUCAGAUCCGUGACUAUCAUCAUUUCCUCCAAGUCCUAAACCAUCUGCUCACAUGCGCCCCAUCAUGGACGGACAAAGCUCACCGUGUAGGACUAGUCGGCUUACCGAUUAAUGCAGUCCUGGACUGGCCUAUGGGUACUCCGAGCGGGUAUGCUGCUUUCCUAGACCCGAAGAUUAACGUCAUGUUGAAGAAAAUUCUCAAUGCAUGGGGUGAGUAUCUACGCUCGCCGGAUUCAGCACGCGUCUUGAACACUACCUAUCAUGGAUGGUUCGGAGAGACCGGCUGCCGCGACCUCACGGCGGCAGCAAAGGUCGGUCCAACAGCGGCUGAGAACCUGGAAUUUCAUCAAAUGUUCGAAUGUGAUCCAUCGGCACCUAAUUAUGGGUUCAAGUCUUGGGACGACUUCUUUACCCGACCAUUCCGUAUUGGAAUGCGACCGGUCGCAGAGCCAGAAAAUAAUAGAGUCAUCGCCAACGCAUGCGAAUCCAAACCGUACCGGGUCGCUCAUAAUGUUCAAGGUCGUGAUCGGUUCUGGAUCAAGAGCCAGCCUUACUCGGUCCUGGAUAUGCUAGGUCACGAUUCGCUUGCAUCUCAAUUUGUGGGCGGCACUAUUUACCAGGCAUUUCUCAGUGCACUGAGCUAUCAUCGAUGGCACGCUCCUGUUUCGGGGAGAGUGGCGAAGGCUUAUGUGGUGGACGGAACCUACUAUUCCGAGCCUCUGUUCGAGGGCGUUGGGAACCCACAGGCUACUACUAAAGAUAUCGAUCUCGCAGGAGAGGUCAUUUCACAGUCGUAUAUCACGUCAACGGCUACACGAGCACUUAUAUUUAUUGAAGCGGAUGAACCUGCCAUUGGUCUCAUGGCUUUUAUUGGUGUCGGCAUGGCAGAGGUUUCCACGUGUGAUAUCACUGUGAAGGAAGGUGAUCACGUCAAGAAGGGAGACCAGAUUGGCAUGUUCCACUUUGGAGGGUCUACACACUGCCUGCUUUUCAGGAAGGGAGUGGAUAUCUCGGGCUUCCCACAACCAGGAAUGGAAGAGAACAUGCCUGUGCGGAGCCAUCUGGCAGUGGUUUCGUGA